AUGGCGGCCCAGGUCAACGAGGUGACUGAAGUUCAGCCGAUUACUGUUUUCGCAUCAUGUCAUGCGUAUGUUAAUUACGCCGAGCUUCUCUGGCAGAGUAUCGGCCCUGCACCAGGAUUAUGUGAUUGGUUUGAUGAAGCUAUUACAGCGCGCGAGUCUUGCAACUCUUCACGUGGAAAGAGUCGUAGUUCAUCAGUUACAGUUGAAUUGAACGUACCGGUCUCAUACUGCUCACUUGACUUUGAAGCAACAACAACGCCAAACAAUUUCACCAGCAGCAUCAUCAGCAUCCCAGAUUUUUACGCUUGGGUUUCGUCCUGUAAUUCUUACUUGAAUAAUAAUCAAACCGCGGAUCCAAGUGCAUCGAGCCUGUGUAACGUUAUUGUUUCUGCUUCCUCAGCCAGUCCGACAACACCAUCAGCAAGUUCAAGCUCUUCGAGCACAGCUAUACCAUCACAGACCGCAGCAGCCACGACUGUUCCCACCUCGCCCAACCUUAGCACAGGCGCUAUCGCCGGUCUUGCUGUCGGAGCAGCGCUUGGAGGCAUUCUCCCCUUCUCCCUCGUCCUCUUCUUUAUCUGGCGUCGUCGCCGCAAAGCAGAGCGCAAGAAGGCUGCACAAGCCGAUGUAGCGGCUACAGAAAGUCGAGAAGAAAAGGCUCAGUUAUAUUUGGACGAUUACCAGCCCACACGAGAAGAGCUAGAAGGAAUGAAAGUACCUCGAACAGUGCGAGAAGUGGGUGGACUGAACAAGCUUGAGCAUGAACCAUUGUAUCGGACAUGUUCAGAGUUGCCGGCGAAUGAAGUCGCAGGAGCCGAGAUGAGGAGCGACAUGAGUCCUACGACUGAUUCUUCUACUCUUGUGGAUUCGAGCGCGAGUAAUAGGUUUAGUCAAUAG